GGCAGGACCACGGUUUAUCUCGCGAAUUUUGGGAAGUUCCGUUGGGGAAGAUGGCGGCGGCCUCGAGCACCCUUCUCUUCUUGCCGCCGGGGACUUCAGACUGAUCCUUCCCGCGAAGAGUAGGGACUGCUGGUGCCCUGCGUCCCGGGAUCCCGAGCCAACUUGUUUCCCCCGUUAGUGGUGGGGAAGGGCUUAUCCUUUUGUGGCAGAUCCAGUCUCUCCCCGCCUUCAGGAUGAAAGCUCAGGGGGAAACCGAGGAGUCGGAAAAGCUGAGUAAGAUGAGUUCUCUCCUGGAACGGCUCCAUGCAAAAUUUAACCAAAAUAGACCUUGGAGCGAAACCAUUAAGCUUGUGCGUCAAGUCAUGGAGAAGAGGGUUGUGAUGAGUUCUGGAGGGCAUCAACAUUUGGUCAGCUGUUUGGAGACAUUGCAGAAAGCUCUCAAAGUAACAUCUUUACCAGCAAUGACUGAUCGUUUGGAGUCCAUAGCAAGACAGAAUGGACUGGGCUCUCAUCUCAGUGCCAGUGGCACUGAAUGUUACAUCACGUCAGAUAUGUUCUAUGUGGAAGUGCAGUUAGAUCCUGCAGGACAGCUUUGUGAUGUAAAAGUGGCUCACCAUGGGGAGAAUCCUGUGAGCUGUCCGGAGCUUGUACAGCAGCUAAGGGAAAAAAAUUUUGAUGAAUUUUCUAAGCACCUUAAAGGCCUUGUUAAUCUGUAUAACCUUCCAGGGGACAACAAACUGAAGACUAAAAUGUACUUGGCUCUCCAAUCCUUAGAACAAGAUCUUUCUAAAAUGGCAAUUAUGUACUGGAAAGCAACUAAUGCUGGUCCCUUGGAUAAGAUUCUUCAUGGAAGUGUUGGCUAUCUCACACCAAGGAGUGGGGGUCAUUUAAUGAACCUCAAGUACUAUGUCUCUCCUUCUGACCUGCUGGAUGACAAGACUGCAUCUCCCAUCAUUUUGCAUGAGAAUAAUGUUUCUCGAUCUUUGGGCAUGAAUGCAUCAGUGACAAUUGAAGGAACAUCUGCUAUGUACAAACUCCCAAUUGCACCAUUAAUUAUGGGGUCGCAUCCAGUUGACAAUAAAUGGACCCCUUCCUUCUCCUCAAUCACCAGUGCCAACAGUGUUGAUCUUCCUGCCUGUUUCUUCUUGAAAUUUCCCCAGCCAAUCCCAGUAUCUAGAGCAUUUGUUCAGAAACUGCAGAGCUGCACAGGAAUUCCGUUGUUUGAAACUCAACCAACUUACGCACCCCUCUAUGAACUGAUCACUCAGUUUGAACUAUCAAAGGACCCUGACCCCAUACCUUUGAAUCACAACAUGAGAUUUUAUGCUGCUCUUCCUGGUCAGCAGCACUGCUAUUUCCUCAACAAGGAUGCUCCUCUUCCAGAUGGCCGAAGUCUGCAGGGAACCCUUGUUAGCAAAAUCACCUUUCAGCACCCUGGCCGAGUUCCUCUUAUCCUAAAUCUGAUCAGACACCAAGUGGCCUAUAACACCCUCAUUGGAAGCUGUGUCAAAAGAACUAUUCUGAAAGAAGAUUCUCCUGGGCUCCUCCAAUUUGAAGUAUGUCCUCUCUCAGAGUCUCGUUUCAGCGUAUCUUUUCAGCACCCUGUGAAUGACUCCCUGGUGUGUGUGGUAAUGGAUGUGCAGGACUCAACACAUGUGAGCUGUAAACUCUACAAAGGGCUGUCAGAUGCACUCAUCUGCACAGAUGACUUCAUUGCCAAAGUUGUUCAAAGAUGUAUGUCCAUCCCUGUGACGAUGAGGGCUAUUCGGAGGAAAGCUGAAACCAUUCAGGCCGACACCCCAGCACUGUCCCUCAUUGCAGAGACAGUUGAAGACAUGGUGAAAAAGAACCUGCCCCCGGCUAGCAGCCCAGGGUAUGGCAUGACCACAGGCAACAACCCAAUGAGUGGUACCACUACACCAACCAACACCUUUCCGGGGGGUCCCAUUACCACCUUGUUUAAUAUGAGCAUGAGCAUCAAAGAUCGGCAUGAGUCGGUGGGCCAUGGGGAGGACUUCAGCAAGGUGUCUCAGAACCCAAUUCUUACCAGUUUGUUGCAAAUCACAGGGAACGGGGGGUCUACCAUUGGCUCGAGUCCGACCCCUCCUCAUCACACGCCGCCACCUGUCUCUUCGAUGGCCGGCAACACCAAGAACCACCCGAUGCUCAUGAACCUUCUUAAAGAUAAUCCUGCCCAGGAUUUCUCAACCCUUUAUGGAAGCAGCCCUUUAGAAAGGCAGAACUCCUCUUCCGGCUCACCCCGGAUGGAAAUAUGCUCGGGGAGCAACAAGACCAAGAAAAAGAAGUCAUCAAGAUUACCACCUGAGAAACCAAAGCACCAGACUGAAGAUGACUUUCAGAGGGAGCUAUUUUCAAUGGAUGUUGACUCACAGAACCCUAUCUUUGAUGUCAACAUGACAGCUGACACACUGGAUACACCACACAUCACUCCAGCUCCAAGCCAGUGUAGCACUCCCCCAACAACUUACCCACAACCAGUACCUCACCCCCAACCCAGUAUUCAAAGGAUGGUCCGACUAUCCAGUUCAGACAGCAUUGGCCCAGAUGUAACUGACAUCCUUUCAGACAUUGCAGAAGAAGCUUCUAAACUUCCCAGCACUAGUGAUGAUUGCCCAGCUAUUGGCACCCCUCUUCGAGAUUCUUCAAGCUCUGGGCAUUCUCAGAGUACCCUCUUUGACUCUGAUGUCUUUCAAACUAACAAUAAUGAAAAUCCAUACACUGAUCCAGCUGAUCUUAUUGCAGAUGCUGCUGGAAGCCCCAGUAGUGACUCUCCUACCAAUCAUUUUUUUCAUGAUGGAGUAGAUUUCAAUCCUGAUUUAUUGAACAGCCAGAGCCAAAGUGGUUUUGGAGAAGAAUAUUUUGAUGAAAGCAGCCAAAGUGGGGAUAAUGAUGAUUUCAAAGGAUUUGCAUCUCAGGCACUAAAUACUUUAGGGGUGCCAAUGCUUGGAGGUGAUAAUGGGGAGACCAAGUUUAAGGCCAAUAACCAAGCCGACACAGUUGAUUUCAGUAUUAUAUCAGUAGCCGGCAAAGCUUUAGGUCCUGCAGAUCUUAUGGAGCAUCACAGUGGUAGUCAGGGUCCUUUACUGACCACUGGGGACUUAGGGAAAGAAAAGACUCAAAAGAGGGUAAAGGAAGGCAAUGGCAACAGUAAUAGUACUCUCGCGGGGCCAGGAUUAGACAGCAAACCAGGGAAGCGUAGUCGGACCCCUUCUAAUGAUGGGAAAAGCAAAGAUAAGCCUCCAAAGAGGAAGAAAGCAGACACUGAGGGAAAGUCUCCAUCUCAUAGUUCUUCUAACCGACCUUUUACCCCACCUACCAGUACAGGUGGAUCUAAAUCUCCAGGCAGUUCAGGAAGAUCUCAGACUCCCCCAGGUGUUGCCACACCACCCAUUCCCAAAAUCACUAUUCAGAUUCCUAAGGGAACAGUGAUGGUGGGCAAGCCUUCCUCUCACAGUCAGUAUACCAGCAGUGGUUCUGUGUCUUCCUCAGGCAGCAAAAGCCACCAUAGCCAUUCUUCCUCCUCUUCCUCAUCUUCUGCUUCCACCUCAGGGAAGAUGAAAAGCAGUAAAUCAGAAGGCUCAUCAAGUUCCAAGUUAAGCAGCAGUAUGUAUUCUAGCCAGGGGUCUUCUGGAUCUAGCCUGUCCAAAAAUUCAUCCCAGUCUGGGGGGAAGCCAGGCUCCUCUCCCAUUACCAAGCAUGGACUGAGCAGUGGCUCUAGCAGCACCAAGAUGAAACCUCAAGGAAAGCCAUCAUCACUUAUGAAUCCUUCUUUAAGUAAACCAAACAUAUCCCCUUCUCAUUCAAGGCCAUCUGGAGGCUCUGACAAGCUUGCCUCUCCAAUGAAGCCUGUUCCUGGAACUCCUCCAUCCUCUAAAGCCAAGUCCCCUAUCAGUUCAGGUUCUGGUGGUUCUCAUAUGUCUGGAACUAGUUCAAGCUCUGGUAUGAAGUCAUCUUCAGGGUUAGGCUCCUCAGGCUCAUUGUCCCAGAAAACUCCCCCAUCAUCUAAUUCUUGUACAGCAUCUUCCUCCUCCUUUUCCUCAAGUGGCUCUUCCAUGUCAUCCUCUCAAAACCAGCAUGGGAGUUCCAAAGGAAAAUCUCCCAGCAGAAAUAAGAAGCCGUCCUUGACAGCUGUCAUAGAUAAACUGAAGCAUGGGGUUGUCACCAGUGGCCCUGGGGGUGAAGACCCACUGGACGGCCAGAUGGGGGUGAGCACAAAUUCUUCCAGCCAUCCUAUGUCCUCUAAACAUAACAUGUCAGGAGGAGAGUUUCAGGGCAAGCGUGAGAAAAGUGAUAAAGACAAAUCAAAGGUUUCCACCUCUGGGAGUUCAGUGGAUUCUUCUAAGAAGACCUCAGAGUCAAAAAAUGUGGGGAGCACAGGUGUGGCAAAAAUUAUCAUCAGUAAGCAUGAUGGAGGCUCCCCCAGCAUUAAAGCCAAAGUGACUUUGCAGAAACCUGGGGAAAGUAGUGGAGAAGGGCUUAGGCCUCAGAUGGCUUCUUCUAAAAACUAUGGCUCUCCACUCAUCAGUGGUUCCACUCCAAAGCAUGAGCGUGGCUCUCCCAGCCAUAGUAAGUCACCAGCAUAUACCCCCCAGAAUCUGGACAGUGAAAGUGAGUCAGGCUCCUCCAUAGCAGAGAAAUCUUACCAGAAUAGUCCCAGCUCAGAUGAUGGUAUCCGACCACUUCCUGAAUACAGCACAGAGAAACAUAAGAAGCACAAAAAGGAAAAGAAGAAAGUAAAAGACAAAGAUAGGGACCGAGACCGGGACAAAGACCGAGACAAGAAAAAAUCCCAUAGCAUCAAGCCAGAGAGUUGGUGCAAAUCACCCAUCUCUUCAGACCAGUCCUUGUCUAUGACAAGUAACACAAUCUUAUCUGCAGAUAGACCCUCAAGGCUCAGCCCAGACUUUAUGAUUGGGGAGGAAGAUGAUGAUCUUAUGGAUGUGGCCCUGAUUGGGAAUUAGGAACCUUAUUUCCUAAAAGAAACAGGGCCAGAGAAAAGAAACUAUUGAUAAGUUUAUAGGCAAACCACCAUAAGGGGUGAGUCAGACAGGUCUGAUUUGGUUAAGAAUCCUAAAUGGCAUGGCUUUGACAUCGAGCUGGGUGAAUUAGAAAGGCAUAUCCAGACCCUAUUAAAGAAACCACAGAGUUUGAUUCUGGUUACCAAGAAGUCUUUGUUCCUGUGCCAGAAAGAAAAAGUUAAAAUACUUGCUUAAGAAAGGGAGGGGGGUGGGAGGGGUAUAGGGAGAGGGAAGGGAGGGAAACAGUUUUGUGGGAAAUAUUCAUAUAUAUUUUCUUCUCCCUUUUUCCAUUUUUAGGCCAUGUUUUAAACUCAUUUUAGUGCAUGUAUAUGAAGGGCUGGGCAGAAAAUGAAAAAGCAAUACAUUCCUUGAUGCAUUUGCAUGAAGGUUGUUCAACUUUGUUUGGGGUAGUUGUCCAUUUGAGUCAUGGGCAAAUGAAGGACUUUGGUCAUUUUGGACACUUAAGUAAUGUUUGGUGUCUGUUUCUUAGGAGUGACUGGGGGAGGGAAGAUUAUUUUAGCUAUUUAUUUGUAAUAUUUUAACCUUUUAUCUGUUUGUUUUUAUACAGUGUUUCAUUCUAAAUCUAUGAGGUUUAGGGUUCAAAAUGAUGGGAGGCUGAAGAGCAAGGCUUAUAUGGUGGUAGGGAGCUUAUAGCUUGUGCUAAUACUAUAGUAUCAAGCCCAAGCAGAUUAGUCAGAGCCCGCCUUUAGAGUUAAAUAUAAUAGAAAAACCAAAAUGAUAUUUUUAUUUUAGGAGGGUUUAAAUAGGGUUCAGAGAUCAUAGGAAUAUUAGGAGUUACCUCCCUGUGGAGGUAUUGACUUGCAAUCUCAUUUUCCUUUCAAAAAAAAAAAAAAAAAAGCUAAGGUGGCUUGUUGGGAUGUAAACACGUUUUCAGAUGCAGUAAGGUUUAGUGUAGGACAGCCUUCCUGACCCAGUGGCUUGAAAACCAUUACAGAAUUAAUAGUUCUCCUGUUUCCACAAUGUGCCAAAAGUCUGCAUCCCAGCAUUUUGUUUGCAGGAGAACUGAUGCCAUUCCUAAGAGCUGGACUCAUUGUUUCUCUUCAUCACAAGGAGAAGGAGUCCAAACUUUAAAUCACUCCACAGUAUGCUCCCUGAGAUAAAACAGUAACAAAUCCGCAGCCAUAGUUCACUUAAAACAAUUUCAAGCUCACUUGAAGUAAUGGGGGCCUGGAAUGCUAGGUGAGCAUGAAGAUAAACCCUUGCUACUAUGUAGCAACCCAAUUGGACCUUUUUGGAGAAACAGGUCUGAGUCUGGAUUCUGGAGGACAUCAAUAAGAGCCCUUCACAUAAAAAUAUAGAAAUCCAGGAGACUGUCUUGAGUGCAACAGAAGUUCUCAGUUUUUGGAGGGUCCUCUCAAAAAUUCUGCGGCCUUACUUUGAUAUUGACACCUGCACUGUGCCAUUCCUGAUUAUUCCAUUCAGGAUCUGUAUCAGUGGGAUGGGGCGUGGUCCCCAGCACAACUCUUCUGGGUUUAAAAAAAAAAAAAUGCCAGGUGAUUCCUCUGUGUGUUAUGUCAUAAGUGGAGUGACUUCAUCAUAUAUGGAAGAAGAUUUCUAUAUUCAGCUCUUUCUGCAGGUUGGAGUCAGCAUAGAGUUGGAAAAUCAGCUUUGGCUCUUUCCUGUCUCAUUUCCUCUAGUGUUCUCCUUUUUAUGGUCAUCAGCUCUCAACAAUUCUGCCACUUUUGUGUCCCAAGGUAAUAAGAUGUAGGAAACAAAACAUUGCAAAGUGGAGCAAGAAAAGUUAUCAGUUACCAUAUCAGAGUCAAAUGUCUUGGGUGACACUAAGGAGGAUAUGGGCAGGUGAUACCAGAGUGCUUUAUCUUGUGAUGUUGAUACAGUAGCAGCUUCUCAUACAUUCAGCCAGGUUGGAUUUCUCACGAGUUUGUCACCUAGUUUUGAAUCCUAUCCAGUUGGUUUCUGCAGGAAAAAAAAAAAAAAGUUACGUGGUUUUUAAAAUUUGUUCUGGGUGGGGAAAAUCUUACGGGGAAUGUACUGAAUAGUAUCAGGGGCUCAGCUCCCCCAAGCAGGGCCAACAAAUACCAAAAUGAGUAAACUGGGAAGCUUUUCUCUCUUUCUGUCUUCAUCCCAGAUCAAAGAAUCCCGAGUUAGGAUCUGGAUGAAGGAUAAGCCCCUGAAUUGUCGAUGGGCUCACCCCCACACUGACCCAGCAUCUGAACUUGCUUAACAGGGAGCCGGGGCUAAACUGCUUCACCCUGCCUGAGAACCAGGGAGCACUGCAUUUCUCCACAGGGUGGAGGAGAAGAGGCAGAAUAAACCAAGCCUGGGACACCUCCCUCCUGUCUAGGUGUACUCAUUCUUCUGUUUCAAAAGAAGGCAAGGACAUGAAGUCAACUUCUACCUAUCUUCUGCUGCUGGUGUCUUACGUAUUCUCAGUUUGACCUGAUUCCUCUUCUGUCUUUUGGCUUAACAUUAGGGGUUCUUGGUCAUAACCUGCUCUGAUGUACAUGAAGAUUUCAGGUUCAAUGUCAAUGUGUCUUAAAACAGAAGUAUUUUAGUGGGUGGGGGGUGGGGUGGUGGGGACAAACAACGCAGAAUAUAAUUGCCAAAACCAGGCUUGAGGUUGGUGACUCGAAAGAUUUUCCUUCUUCAGGCCUAGAUCGGAAAAUUAAGUGCAGCAAUAUCAUGAAUUCUCAGAAGCCCUUUGAGGAAGCCAGUGAGUCAUACGGUAUCCACAGUUGAGUCACUUCAAGAUGUCAGUAUAGGAAACAUUAUUCACAAUCCUUGGGUAGUCUCAUUUUUUUUUUCCUUCUCCCCUCCUCUCCUGCCCCCCAUACAUUUCUAUCCUUGAGUUAGUUUUUGGAGGGGCAGGAAGUACUUAACAUCUCAGAAGCUAGAUUGGGAAACAUGUUCAGCUAUAAGAACUGAGCUUAAAAUUUUGAGUUUAAAAAUGUACAUCAGGAGCAGCUGGGGAGGGUCUUUUUUUAAAAAAAAUCUUUCAAAUUUGGUUUUCUGUGCAUAUGGCCGUUCUGUAAAUACUUUGGGGUUUUUCAUUUUUUUGAAAGUAGAUGAAAUCUGUUGUGGGAUUUUUUUCCCCGAAACAUUACAAAAUAACCUGUUUAUUUACAUGCAAAUAAACUUCUUUGAUAAAAAGUAA